UUUUCUCCUCCCUCGAAGAACUACCAAAACCUUAAAAAGUAAACAGAUGGGGACGCAAUUCCGCAAAGCUUUAACUUUGACGGUAACCAACUUCUCCCAAAAGAGCUCUCCGAUAAACUCUCCUCCUUUCCCAAGCGGUGGCUGCAAUUGGUAUAUUAAAUUUUAUCCCAAGGGAAGUGCUGAUGAUAAUUACUUGUCUUUGUUCCUGUCCCCUGAUGAUCCUAAAUCACUUGGACUUAAUUGGAAAAGGAGAGCUAAUUUUUACUUUGUUUUGCUGAAUCAAUCAGGCAAAGAACUUCAUCGAACACCUGAAAUAGGUGAUCAAUGGUUUUGUGAUGACUCACUAAGCUGGGGUUUUCCACAGACAUUGCCUCGAAAAAAGCUUCUAGACAAAAUCUUUCUUGAUAACGACAGAUUCAACAUUGAAAUCUAUAUUAAAGUUAUUGAAGUUGUUGAAGGAUAUCAUAUGUUUCCAGCUUCAUUCACUAAUAAGCUCUUAAGAAGUUCCUUAGAGUAUCCAGAUAAGUCUGAGAAGGAAACUGUGGAUAUCAAUGGUUUCAAGGUUCUUUCUUCUCAGGUUACUUCAGUGAAGCGAAUUUUCGAGGAGCAUCCAGAUAUAGCAGAAGAUUUCAGAUCAAAGAACCAAGUAGUGAAGACAGAAUACAUGAGUGUCCUUCUUAGGGUCAUCGAGACAAUGGCUAAACCGCCACAGAGUAUUUCAGAGACUGAGCUAAGCAACGUUCAUAGCGAAUUGACCGAGCUGACGGAAGUAGGUUUUAAGUUGGAGUGGUUGAAGGCAAAACUUGAGGAGGUUUGCGUGGCGUUUAAGAAAGCAAAUGCUGAUGGGUGUCGGAUUCAACAACUUGAGGAACACGUCAAGAAUCUUGAGCAGACUGUGUCAGAUCUCAAAGUUGAAAUGGACAAGGAGAAGGCUAAAUCUACUGCUAAAGUUUUGUCGUUGGAGGAUACAUUGUCUGAUCUCAAAACUGAACUGGGUAAGGAGAAGGCAAAGAAUGCUACUGCUACUGAUAAAUUUUUGUUGUUGAAGGAUACUUAUUCUGAUCUCAAAGUUGAACUGGAGAAGGAGAAAGCCAAAUCUACUAGUGCUGCUGCUAAAGUUUUGUCGUUGAAAGAGGCUUUGUCUGAUCUCAAAGUUGAACUGGAUGAUCAGAAGAUAGUAAAUUCUGCUACAACUGCUAAUGUUUUAUCGUGGGAAGAUGAUGAUGAUUUAUUUUCACAUACUAACUGUUUAGGAAUUCAGCAGAAGACAAAUGCCUACAAAAGAAUAAACUGAAAUAACUGUUUAUGUUCA